GAGCUGAUGGAGGAAUUUGAGAAAGUGAUGGGCGUUGAAGGAGCUGUUUGUGGGUGUAAAUGUAUGGGAAAAUGCAGAGAUGGGCCAAACGUGAGAGUUUGUGGUUCAUUAGACACUGUAAAUCAGAGUCCUCUGUGCAUUGGAGUUGGAUUGGAGGAUGUUGAUAGAAUUGUGGCUGACAUUCUGGGACAACCCCACAAACAUUCUACCUUUGCACCUGCGACUGCUACUUCAUGAUACUCAUAAGUUGUUAAUUUAGUGUAGUUUUGAGAUGUAAAAAAAAAGAGAAUUUUUUUAUCGUUUUGGAAGCAGUUUAAUCGGUUGGGUUGGGAUAAGGAGGAGCCUUUUGGAUCCAAACCAACUAUUAUGAUUGUAAAUUUUUUCAACAGUUAGAUGAUGAAUUCAAUUCCACUCAAUCAUGAGGGGAUUGAUUUAGGAUAUUCAGGUUAUUUGUUUAUAAAUAAUGAAGGUAUUAAUUUCUUGAGCAUUCA